AUGGAUUACAAUGAAAUACAAUUAGAAGAGUUGGAAGCGCUUCAAGCGAUUUAUCCAAAUGAAUUGAAAAUUAUAAAUAGGGAAUAUCCAAAUAUUAAUGUUUCUUUUUAUUUUAGGCCGAAUGAGAAUGAAGAAACUUCUGAUAUUUUCGAUAUUUUAUUAGUAUUAAAAUUUCCAAAGAAUUAUCCAAAUGAUAUUCCAUUAAUUGAACUGGAAAAUCAUGGAAAGAAUAAUUUUGUUGAAGAAGAAAAGUUAAAAAAUAUUAUUAAUAAUUUAUGUAUUGUUGCAAAUGAAAAUAUUGGAAUGCCAAUGGCUUUUAAUAUAAUUUCUUCAUUGCAGGAUGAAAUUGGUUAUUUGAUUGAUGAUAUAAAAGUAAAAAUGCGUCAAGCCGAUGAAAAAAUAAAGGAAGAAGAAGAGGCAUUGGAAAGAAAAAAGUUCGAAGGUACAAAAGUGACAGUUGAAACAUUUAUGAAGUGGAAGGAAAAUUUUGAUCGGGAAAUGAAUACACUAAAGGAAAGGCAGUUGAAGGAAAAAAUGUCGUUGGGUGGUAAAUUAACGGGUCGUCAACAAUUUUUAAAUAAUUCUGCAUUAAAUAAUUCUGAUAUCGAGUUAAUAAAUAAUGUUGAAAUUGACGAAUCAUUAUUUGAAGAGGAAUUGGAUGAUCUGAAUAUAGAAGGUAGUGAUUUGGAAUGA